CUUUGUUUGUGAGACUUGCAGUCACGUGGGUCGGUUGUGGGAGGAGCUUGGUAAGGCCCAUGACAUAGUCGCUCUCUGUGGUGGUGAAACUUGUAAUAUCCGCUGUAUGUAUGUUGUAUCUAUGUUGUAAAAUAUAGUUGUAAAAUAUCUGUAUCUAUGUUGUAAAGUUAAAUUAUCAUGAGCUUUAUUAUUUGGGUAUAAAGGGGCCGGUCAUUAGCCCCGCCCCCCGGCCCGACGCUGACUUGUUCCGCUACUGUUGCUAGUAUCUUCACCCUGCUGUGAGAUGCUGGGUUGCUGUAUCGUCUCUGCCCAGACUGCAGCUGGGAUCUGUCGUGCUCUGGUAGAUCUGGGUGCUGUCCUUCAGUCUGGCCCUCUGCAGCCCCUACUAGGAUGAGAUAUAAUACCUCAUAUAUGAGUUGUUAUUGUUGUAUUGAAGUUCUUUUGAACACAGCCGAUACUUUAAAACACCACAAAUUAGAAGAAAUCAAUUAUACAGUAGGAUCACUGUGUUUUUUGACAUUAUUAUUAUAGUUAAUAUUAUUAGUGAUGAUUUCUUACUAUUUGCAAACCCUGUUAGGAGGGAUGAUUUCAAAAUGUUGCCAGAUUGAAGGAAUCUCUGGUUUCUUGCUGGUUCCAUUGCUGACACACAUUCAUCCUAAGCUGUGGUCAGGAAGCAGUGUUCUCAAAGGUCACCACAUGUCAUCAAGUACAUUCUGGAUUACUGGACACAGAAGGAUAUAUCAACCUUGUUUAUGACCUGGUCCAGAGGAAUUGACACAGAUCCUAAUUCUGUUGUUCCGAUACCAGCGUGGGGCCAGCCAUGCUCACUGCUUCCUACUGUGGAGAAACAACUCUGGCCAUGUGUUCAAGAUGCAUUCUUUAUGAAUGUUUUGUGUGUUUCUUUAGGAGUUUAACUGUUUUUUGAUUAUUCUCUAGCUAUGAUUAGAGUUAUAUUUAUGUUUUCUUCUUGUCACUAGGUAGGUUAUACAUUUGGUGAGCUACUUUUAAUGGUCCUUAUUCUGCCUGUGACUUAUUGUAAAGCUGGACAAGCCAGAUCUAAUUUCUACCCCAAUUUUCUACCAUAAAUAUUGUAAUGCAGCAUUUGGCACAUUUUAAUCAGUUUGCUUUAAUUGAGCAGAAUUAAACGAGGCAAAACAUAACGGCUCGCCGUCCAGUGGGAUGACGGACCAGGAGAAGGAGAUGGCAACGAGUGCAUACGAAGCUUUUCUGAUUUGUGAGAUUGUCCAACAUCCUCUUCAUAGGCUGGAAAGUAUGACGAGUCUCUGAAACAGCUUGAAGCCUUGCAGGAGCUCAACAAAGAGGACUACAAAAUUUCUUUGAAUAAAGCUGUUUUAGAGUUCUACAGAAGUGGCCAGACUGCGACAGGUUCAUUGAAGCAGACCCUUUCAGUGAUGAAGAAUCAGCUUCACACAGCCACAGAAGAUGUUGAUGGCUUGGAUGAUGUGGAGAAUAGUUUGCUGUACUAUAACCAGGCCAUCAUCCACUACCACAUGCGCCAGUACUCUGAGGCCAUCUCUAUAGGAGAGAAGCUCUACCAGUUCCUCGAACCAUUUGAAGAGAAAUUUGCCCAGUCAGUGUGCUUCCUGUUGGUGGAUCUCUACCUGCUGACAUUCCAGCCAGAGAAGGCGCUCCACCUGCUGGCUAUUCUGGACAAGAUCGCUGUACAAGGAAGCAACAAGAACGGCAAGGCAGAGAGCAACAACUCAGGAUCAAACCAAAAGGUGGAGUUUGUAGCAAUGAUGGAAGCAGCCAAAUCCAAAAUCCAUCAGUACAAAGUGAGAGCGUACAUUCAGAUGAAGUCUUCCAAGGCCUGCAAGAGAGAGAUUAAAUCAGUGAUGAACACAGCAGGGAAUUCUGCCCCCUCUCUCUUCCUCAAGAGUAACUUUGAGUAUCAGAGAGGAAACUACCGCAAAGCGGUGAAGCUGCUGAACAGCUCCAACAUGGCAGAGCAUCCUGGACCCAUUAGAACCGGUGAAUGUGUUCGCUGUAUGUUCUGGAACAAUCUGGGCUGCAUCCACUUUGCAAUGGGGAAACACAACCUGGGCAUCUUCUACUUCAAGAAGGCGCUGCAGGAGAACGAUCACACUUGUGCACAACUGGGAGACGGCGGCAACAAUCAGUGUAAAAGACUGUCAGGUGUCCCUAUGUGUGCCCUGCUGUUCAACAAGCGUUAUGAGCUGCUGUAUAACUGCGGCGUCCAGCUGCUGCACGCCGCCAGGCCGCUGGCAGCCUUCGAGUGUCUGAUGGAGGCCGUUCAGGUUUACCACUCCAACCCGCGCCUGUGGCUGCGCCUGGCUGAAUGCUGCAUCUCUGCUAACAAAGGGGGCUCCGAGCAGGAAAGCAAGAGUUUACCUAGUAAAAAGGGAAUAGUCCAGUCUGUAAUUGGACAAGGAUACCAUCGCAAGAUUGUUCUGGCAUCACAGUCUUCACAGAACACCAACUACAGUGAAGGCCAAUCUGCUGCCAUCCCUGUAGCCAGUAUGGAGUUUGCUGCCAUCUGUCUGCGGAACGCCCUGCUGCUGCUGCCUGAACACCAGCAGCCGGAAGCCAAGGCUGAAAGCGGCUCCAAGAACUCCAGCCAAUCAGGAAGCACCGAGAGCGGCAGUGAGAACAGUGACCCCUGCAGUGGAAAAAGUCAGGAAGCUGAUAAGUUUUUUUCUGCAACUCCAUCGUCUCCACUUCGAAAACAGGAGGUGGAAAACCUCAGGUGUUCCAUCCUGGCUUGUAGUGCCUAUGUGGCGCUGGCCCUGGGAGACAACCUGCUGGCUCUGCACCACGCUGACAAACUGCUUCAUCAAAUCAAGGUGUCUGGCUCCCUCAGGUUUCUGGGUCACCUGUAUGCUGCUGAAGCUCUCAUCUCAUUGGACAGAAUAUCUGAUGCAAUCACUCACCUGAACCCAGAGAACAUCAGCGACGUGUCACUAGGCGUGCUUAGCAGUGAGCAGGACCAGGGACAUGAGAAAGGAGAUGAGCCCAUAGAGCCAUCAGCUAAGAAGAUGCCGCUGUUUUACCCCAGCAGUGUGGCAGCAGCGCAGGCCAUGAUGCUCUUCAACCUGGGCAGCGCCUACUGCCUGAGGAGCGAAUAUGACAAGGCCCGCAAAUGCCUGCAUCAGGCUGCAUCUGUGAUGAACUCCAAAGAGAUUCCGCCUGAAGCCAUCCUGCUGGGCGUCUACCUGGAGCUACAAAACGGAAACACUCAGCUGGCUCUACAGAUCAUCAAGAGGAACCAGCUUCUACCCUCAACCCUUAACAGGUCCUCGCCAGACCCUCGCAAGAAACCUUCCCAGCCCCUCCAGCUGCCCUCAUCCUUCACACAAGUUCAACGGAAAUAA